AUGGGGAAACGCAGCCACGCCGAGCCGACAGAGCUCCGGCCAACGAAAAAGUCCAAGGCGGACAAGCCUUCCAAGGAGAAGAAGUCUACAGAUGGAAAGGGAGAAUCUGAUUCCGACAAGUCGACCUAUACCCAAGCCGCCGCUCUUAUUGCGCUUCCGCAGUCUCAGAUUGAUCAAUUUCUUCAGGACAACAUCAUCAAGGUCACUGAUACCUCGGCCGAUGGCUCUAGUCUCCGCCCCAUCCUUUCUUUCGAUUACCUGCCUACCGGUGACGACAAACUCUACUCACCAUUAAAAUCAUUCCCCGCUCCAACUUCAAUUCAAGCCGUCACUUGGCCAUUGCUCUUUUCCGGCCGUGAUGUGGUCGGUAUCGCAGAGACCGGUAGCGGAAAAACCUUGGCUUUUGGAUUGCCCUGCCUCAAAAAGAUUAUCGAAUCGAAGAAAACUAGAAAACCUUAUCAUCCCUCUGCAGUCAUUAUUUCUCCUACCCGAGAGCUUGCCAUGCAAAUUCAUGACCAGUUCAUGAAAUUUUCUGACGUCUCAAGUGUCGGGGUGACAUGUAUCUUUGGAGGUGUUGGAAAGGACGAGCAACGUGCGGCACUCCGAACGGCUGGGAUAGUUGUUGCUACUCCCGGUCGGUUGAAAGAUCUUCAGAAUGACGGAUCUGUCAAUCUCAGCAAGGUGAAAUAUCUCGUCUUGGACGAGGCCGAUCGGAUGUUGGACAAGGGGUUCGAGCAAGAUAUCAAGGAUAUUAUUGAGCCUAUGCCGGUCUCGAGAAGACAGACGGUCAUGUUCACGGCCACUUGGCCGAAGUCAGUUCGGGAUUUGGCUGCUGGCUUUAUGAGUUCCGCUGUGACAGUCACCAUUGGUGGAGAUCCUUCUGCAGACCCCAGGGCAAACACCAGAAUCAAGCAGGUUGUCGAGGUGCUUGAUGGGCGUGAUAAAGAGAACCGCCUGAUUCAAUUGCUGAGCCGUUCUCAGAGAGGAUCCUCAAACCCCGAAAAGGUCUUAGUUUUUUGCUUAUACAAAAAAGAAGCAAUGCGGGUGGAAAGGCUCAUCAAAACUAAGGGGUUCAGAGUCGCCGGAAUUCAUGGUGAUCUCAACCAGUCCGAUAGAUUCCGAAACCUGGAAGCCUUCAAAACAGGCGCUGCUACGGUUUUAGUUGCAACAGACGUUGCGGCACGUGGUUUGGAUAUCCCUGCUGUGAAAUUGGUUAUUAACGUCACUUUCCCUCUUACCGUGGAGGACUACGUGCACCGUAUUGGCCGAACUGGUCGAGCGGGAGCUGACGGCCACGCUAUUACAUUUUUCACCGAGCAGGAUAAAGCUCUUUCAGGAGGGUUGGUCAAUGUAUUGAAAGCUGCCAACCAAGAUGUCCCCGAGGAUUUGAUGAAGUUCGGGACUACAGUCAAAAAGAAGCAGCACGAUGCUUAUGGCGCAUUCUUCAAGGAUGUUGAUACGGAUAAGAAGGCAACCAAGAUCACCUUCGAUGAUUAA